AUGACCCGGAGACGACCUUGCGUCCUGCGUCUCUCAAAACGAAUGGUAUCUGGUUGCGCGCUGUUCGCCUGUGAGCGGCGCAGUGUCUUGCCUCGCGGCAUUCUGCCUGUACCAUACAGCGGCGAUUGGUCGCUCCUGUUCGUCACCAUGUUAAUACUUACUAGUCAGAAAGAUCGCUCGGUCAUCGACCGAAUUGGCACUGCUCUACGUGUUGCGCAGGAAGGAGCUUUUAGUCCUACUCUUACUGGAUCCCCUGAACCUCCAACUUCGCCGAGUCAUUUGAAGCGUAGUGCUUCAUCAGUUGAACCUACCAGCAGCUAUAAGAAGUGUGCCGCUGAGGAAACCACUAGCAACGGUUCAGUAAGCCCACACCUCAGUUUCGCUAGUUCUGUUUGUCUGGACGACAUAUUUUGCUCAGUUCCUGGUCGGCUCUCCCUUCUUAGCAGCACCUGUAAAUAUAAAGUUACUCUUGCCGAGAUACAAAGACGUCUCUCACCUCCAGAAAAUUUGAACGCCUCGAUCCUCGGUGGGAUUUUGAGGAGAGCGAAAUCCAAGAACGGUGGCAAGGAGCUGAGGGAUAUGCUAGAUAAAAUGGGUUUGAAUUUACCAGUAGGCCGACGCAAGUCGGCUACCGUCACUCUACUCACCUCCCUUGUUGAAGGUGAAGCUACACAUCUUGCUCGCGACUUCGCUUUUAUCACCGAGACGGAAUUUCCAGCUGUCAGUCUAGCUGCCCAUGUUACUGAGCAACAUCGAACUAAUAACGAAAACUUGCAAAAACGGAAAGAGUGCUUGUUGAGUGCCGUGCAGAUUUUGCAAGAGUUCAUAGAUUUGCUGAGCUCAUCCUCAGUUGACGAGGUUGCCGCACCUUACACAAUACAAGCAGACCUCCGACACUUCAGCUUAUGUACUCACGGAUUUGGAACUCCAGCAAUGAUAGCAUCUAUGCAAGCCUUCCUCAAGUAUGUGAAAGCGUCGAUGGAGAAUCUCACUCCUGCAAAUGUAGUUCAGUCGUUUGAUCCGGAUGAAAUCGACUUCGCUACUUUGUAUCAGAAAAUGCAAAUGAAGGGUAUCAAUUCGAGUGUUAUCAGGAGUGUUCUUAACAGUCCAACGCUGUUUAACGUGGCCAACGUCCCUCAAUAG